UAGCUCCAGUGGUAAAGUCAGACGUGUAUCUACGCGUCACAGACGGGAAGUUUCCAACCAAACAACAUGAGCAGCCACAGGAACACGUCGCUCGAUCUCAACUUGUUUGUCUGAGACAAUUCACUGAAUGAAUUUAAUUUAAAGGAGGAUGGCGUCCGACCUAACGCUACACUUUGACAAUCAUCGACAGUUUCCUGCGAUGGACGGCGAGACGGGCGUCAUCUCCAUCGACCAGGGAGGAGAGUGGGACAUCAGCCUGUUUGAUGAGCUGGACAAUCUAGGAGAUGCGGAUGAGCUACUCGAGGCCCUGGAGAAUAAUGGCUUUGCCAGUGAGGGUCCGGACCUGGACUUUGAUAUCGACAUACCGCUGUGGAACGCGGUAGAAACGAGCAGCAUCUACACAGAUGGCGAGGUGAGCGUGGACUCUCUGUCACCUGCCCACACUCUGAGCUCUGUCCCCUCUCCUUCGUCUGUGGAAGCCCUGUCCCCAUAUUCCUUACAAGAUGAAGCCCUGUCCCCACAAUCGCAGCUCUCUCCCGUUUCAGUCUGUUCAGAGUCCAGUGGCAUCUCCGUAAUCUCUCCUCCUGCUAAGAGAGCUCCAAAGAGGACCAGUCAGGCUGCACGAGCCAAACAAGCUGCGCCAGUCAAGAGACCGAUUCAGAUUGGCCCGAAGGUUUCCAUCCAACCCAAACCGGUGAUUACAGCUGUGCCCUUGGCUCAUGCAGCAGCUCCCCUGCAGGCCAAAACAAUCAUCAUCCAGCCCCUGCAGACCACUGUGCUGCCUAUGGUCAAACCAGCUCCAGUCAACAUCCAACCAGCGCCCCCUCCAGGACAUCCCAUAGUGCUGUCUCAGCCAAGCCAGGUGCUACAGAUCCAGGCACCGCAGGCUGUCACCAGCAAUGUGGUCUCCAUGGCAACGCUCAGACAGGACAGGCCCGUCCCCGUUGCUGCUCCUCCGGUGGUCUCAGUCACACUCCUAAGCCCUUCGUCAGACGAUGAUUCAAAGAUGUCCCAGAGGCAACAGCGCAUGAUAAAGAACCGCGAGUCGGCAUCCCUGUCUCGGAAAAAGAAGAAAGAGUAUCUGCUCUCACUGGAAGCUCGCCUGAAAAUGGCAUUGUCUGAGAAUGAGGCGCUCAAGUGUGAGAAUGGCAACCUCAAGAAACAGCUGGAGGGCCUGCUGAGUGAGAACACAGGGCUGAAUGCAAAGGUCCCCAAGAGGAGAGCCGUGUGCCUCAUGGUGGUGUUGGUGUUCCUCAUGCUUAAUGUUGGACCAAUGAGUCUGUUUCAGGGUGGCUCCAAGAAUGACGUCUAUUCCCCGCAGCACAGCGGCAGACACCUGUUGGAUUUCUCCUCUGAGGCAGAAACUGAGGUCGUGAUGGACCCCGAACCCGUCAGCAGUGGCCCCUCUGAGAUCGUGGACAGCUCUGAGGAUAAAGCACUGAUGGUGGUGAAGGAUCCCGUCUUCCUUAGACCACCUCCCCCUUGCCAGCCUCCUGUUAACAGGACCAAGUGCUUAGAGUUGGCUCAUGAGUUGAGAGGUUGGGUCCACCGUCAUGAAGUACAGCAGACCAAAUUCAGGCGCAUGAGUAACAGCAAUCACAAACCCACCAGGACCAUUCUGAAAACAGAUAAUAAGGAGGCUGAGAGUGCCCAGAUUGUGACAGUACAAUACACGGAAACUCCAGAGGAAAAGGAUCCUGGCAGCGAACUGCAGGUAUACUACGCACCUCACCAUACCUACGGUGACUUCUUUGAUGAGCUCAAUCGUCGUGGCGACACUUUCUACAUAGUGUCUUUCCGCAGGGAUCAUCUUCUACUUCCUGCCACCAACCACAACAAAGGAAGUCGACCCAAGAUGUCUGUGGUGUUGCCAGCCAUCAACAUAAAUGACAGCAUCAUAAGGGACAAAGAGUACGAGGUGAUGAUGCAGAUUGACUGUGAAGUAACCGACACCAGGAUCCUCCACAUCAGGUCCUCCACCAUCCCACCUUUGCUCAGGGUCAAUCGCACAGACACGUUUUACCAGCACUCUCCGACUGAGAACCAGGCUGCACCUCCUGUCGGUGUGCUCAUGGGGUCUGCUUAAGAUCACCAGCAGCACCCGAAUUACUCCUCCACAAAACCCAAACAGAACAUAAGACCUCAGUUAACACUUCUGUAUGUAAAGCAUAUUUAAAAUCUGGUGUCCUCCUGCUGACUUUAUGAUUGUGAUUUAGAGCAAUCCAGUCAUCACAAUACAAAGAAAGCUCAAACUGUCACCACCAGUCAGCCACAUUCUUUAUCAGGGCUGAUAUCUGGAGGUCUGUAGCUCCUUGUGUGGGCAACAUUGACUCCCUGUAAACGCCCCACAUAUGACUAAUUGCUUAGUGGCAGGGGGAAAAGCAUUGAACCCUGAGUCACCUCAUCAUAACACGAAUACUUUUACCCCAUAACAGCUCUCCUGAAGUCUGUUCUUUCUUUUUUGCUUCUUAAUUUCGGAACAAACUGCAAAGCCAGAGGAGAAAACUGAAAGUGAUUACACACGCAAGAUUAAUCUCACAGGGAACUUGCAUAAUUAAAAACAUAUGUGAUAUCAAUGUUUAGAAGCACAACAUAUUCUGUUUGUAUCUCUGCAAAAUGGGGUGCUGUAAUAGUUUCUCUUACUCAUAAGAGAAAAUGGUAAUUUUAUUAGUAAGAGAUGCCAGAUUGAUUACAGUACAUGUGGCAAUAGAGGCAUUCAGUAAACUCAGGAAGUCAGCUGAUCUGAAGGCUAGCAGGCUAACCACUAUGUUGCUGGGUGGUUUCCAUUAGUUUAAGGGUUUUUCAGGUGCUCUGUUUUUAGCACUGUAUGGAUGAAGAAUUUUCUGUUCUUAAUUUCUUGGGUCUUUUGCACUGUGCUUCUCAGAUUCAGAUAUUUAUUUGUAUUAUUGUUCAACAGUAAUGCCAACUCCUGUGGUGUGAUACAGAUAUUUCAAUUCUCCUGUCAAGAUUUAUUUUUCUUUUCUCUUUCUGUCUGUUUUGUGGGAACAUUUUAUUUUGAUAUACUACAGAAAACUAAAUGACAUAUUGUAUAUAUAGUAAUAGGCAAUGGAUUGGAAGGAACAUGUGGUAAAUGUUAUUUUGUGUCAGAAAAAAUGUAUCUUUAUCAAAUUCAAAACUCGUGCUUUAACCAUCAAGCUGAAAACACAGAUGAUUGACAUGGAACCACUGGUAAAAUACGUAUUUGAGUCCUGACUUCUCCGUCCACAGGCUAAAUUGCACUUUUGUUUGGUGCACUUAAGCCUCUAUUAAAGUUUCAACUUACUGGGAAUUCUUUUUUUUUUUAAACUGUGACGGAGUUGUACUAUUUGAUACAUUUUUAGUACUGAUUUGCACUAUGAAUGCAGAACCUGGGUGUAGAUGGCUUUUUAUAUUAAUGUCUGUAAACUUAUUUUGACUACCUAUAAUCAUGAAUAAAAUGUUAAAUAAGAAAUUAUACAUCAUCAAAAUGGAUACUUUUAUAUAUGUUGUUAAAACAACAUCCUUCUGUGUGAAAGUGCAUUUCUUUUAGCUACGUGAUUGUGCAGAUGGUUGUGUUUUCGCUCAACAGAUGCCCAUAAAAAUGUUCAGAAAAAACAUGCCAUCUGCUUGUGUUUUUUUAAGCCAAACAAACAUCUGUGUGUGUAAUUUCUUCCCCUUUUGGUUUCAAGAAUAUAUUUGAUUCACAGCAAUGUUUUCACUGCUU